AUGCUGGCAGCAGACAAGCUGGAACUUACCAGCUUGAUCAAGAAGAAUGCCACUGCAUUGAAGGGCAAGGAGCUGGAGCUGAACCAGAGUAACUUCGAAGCUGUGGGAACCCAAGCAGCUGUUCUAGCAGGCUUUGCCGUGUGCAUGCUCGCCAAGAUUGAUGUUCCAGAUUCCAUCAAUCCAGUCCUAAUGGCCCUCUAUUAUGCAUUCGCAGUGGUGAAUCUCAUGGGAAAUUUGGCUUGCGUCUCAGUUGUGGCCUCCGUGAACAUUUUGGGCACCAGCCUGGGUCUACGAGGACCCGACGGCUCCAUGAGACAAGCAGCGGACGGCAUGCAUCAGCAGAGAACACGCAUUUUCUGGUGCUUCGGCACGGCUAUGGUGUCUUGCUCUGGUGCUGUGAUCACCCUCGCUUGGAUCAAGAUGCAGCCUUUCGCAGCACUGGCAUGCUCUGCCAUCCUUUUCUGGGGUUUGGUCUCAGGAGCAAAAGGCGCCUUGCAAAUGAAGAUUGCCUUCAGAUAUCGCGAUCAUGAAGCAGUCAAAGUGGAUGACAUGCUCAGCUCGGACACCGUGGGCACCGAAGCCUUUGUGAAGCAGCUGGGUGUCGAUUGUGAUACGCUGGCUCAGCUUUUGGUCAACAUUCGCCAGCGGCGUCAUGAUGCCAAGCUGCCCCCGGUUUGA